AUUGCCAGUUUUUUUCUGCUUGCAAGUAAACGAGCAAAGCAGAAUUGGAAUUUUGUUGAGUUUACACUUUCAGUGCAUUAUCUGUUUAUUAUAGGUUUCAUUUUGCUUUUUCCAGUGAGUCGUUCGGGUUGUUGUGUUGUGUUGUCGAUUCGUGGCGGUUUGUGUAAUAGAAAAAUUUCUUAAAAUAUAUACAAUAUUAAGACGUGUGCAAAAGCGUUUCCAAAGCAAAUUAAAAAUAUGUGCAUACAUCCACUACAAACAAAAUAAAAAAAUGUAGUGGGAAAGUAGACGGUUUUUUUUGUUGGUUUGUCGGCGUGUUUGCUUGUUCAGUGCCUUGCAGAGAGUACGCGCGCAUUUGUGUGCUGUCAAUUUUGUAAAAUGCAAUGUGUCAGCAUAAAAAUUGAACUAUGCACUUACAUACAUAUGCAGUAGAUGCAUUUUUUUGUGGAAAUAUGAAGCUGAACCAUUUAUUGUACAUUCAUAAAAAGUUUUAAAGGAGUCGAGAAGUGUAUAGUUUUGUGAACAUAAUAAGUCAAGGACGAAAUUUUGUAAUCUGGAAACAAUGUUGCAUAAAUAAAAUUAGCAUAAUUAAAAUUUCAAAGAACGAAAAGGUGAUUUUCACGCUUUAAAUAAAAACAGAACGGAAGUGUAAGCUACCAAACAAAUGCAACUAAGUCAGUGUGAGCCAGGCCGACGCGGAAAUUUGAGAAAAUUGAACGAAAUCAUUUACAUACAUACAUAUGUACGUGAAUUGGAAUAUUCAGUUUUAAAUUACUUAUUAAUUGGCAUCCUGGAGACGUCCAACAAAAAGAUCUGCUAACAACCUAAAACAGCUCUAAUUCCGAAAAAAUCAACUCAUCUGGAUACCAAAUGCGAAUUAUAUUAUCAACUGCGCUGGAUCAAGAAUUAUAGAUUCUAAUCCCCUAUACCUAUAUUUCUUAUUUAUCGAAAACCUUUAUCGCUCUUCUCCGCCGUAAUUCAAAUCACGUCCUCUUCUUUCGUUUCACACACUUUCUUUCCCCCCCGCUAACAGCUGUUAUGUUAAUCAAUGCAGUCAAUGCAUGCUUGCAUGAAGAAGCUACGCGUUUUAGUGAUGCUUAUGUACCAGAUAAAUUAAUUACAUGCAAUAGUGUAUCUGCUGCAACAAAGAAUUCAACAAAAUCCAAAGUGAAAACAUUUACCGAACAUCUGCACGAUUGCAUUGCCAGGGAACGCUACCGAAUGGCGAAUAAAAUGAAAGAGACUGCUUAUGAAGGUACUCCAGUUGUCGGGAUCUAUGCUGGUGGUGGUGUUGGCACGCGACAGCAAUUGGAAUCGAUGCGACGUGCUUGCUGGUGUCAACAGCAGCAAGAACAAUUGAAAUGCGUGAAUUGCCAAAGGGCUGCCGCUGCCGCCGCGACGGCUACGACAAUGGCGACAACGACGACGAUGACUACCAGAGUCGUGGCAGGCGGCUCCGAAGGCGGCAUAGAAAGUGAUAAGUAUGAUGAUACGAAUUCCGGUUCUGAAUGGGAAUUGGAUUCUAUUUUGGUGGAUAAUCGUACGGACAGCGAUAGUGAUACAAAGUCGGAUAUUGGUAGUGAGACAGUUACAAAGGAAUUUUUUGUCGAUAAAGAAGUGACAACGGUUUUGAAUGGUGCUACUUUUAGUAAAAUUAUGAAAAAUAUUCAAUGUAAUAAUAAUAAAAAUGCUAGUGAUUCUAAUAAUUGCAAAGAAAAAAUUGCUAAAACUUAUAAUGAUCGUGUAAGUCAUAGAGCCGCUGUUAAUGUGGACUGUGGCAAGAAAAUUGUGAAUAAUAACGAUAAACGUAGUAGUAAUAAUAAUAAUAAUGUAGUACUUAGUGAUUUUAGUCCAAAACUCGCAACUAUAAAUUUAAGCCAAAGUAGUAAUUUAAUUGAAAGUAUCGUAGAAACCAAAACCAAAACAAAAGCUACAACAAACUCAAUGGAAGCCGAUGAGACGAUAAGAAGUAAUGAACCAUCGACACAAAGUGAAAUUUUCAAUGUGGUGCGUGAGCAACUUCUUAACUUUUGGCUGACAUUUGUUGCGUAUUGUGAUGCAGUUACCAUUAAACAUGAUGAUCCUCGUUUCGCCGAAGCACGGAGACGUCAGGAGCAGGAAAACAAGAGAAGAGAGCAGGACAGCAAAGAAAACGAGACGCAAGCACCGCACGAAAGUGAAAAAGAUAAUUCCAAAAGAAAGUCAUCUCGGCACUUAAAGCUGCUGACAAAUCGUAAAUUAAUAUUUCUAUUCAUCGUUUGCGUCUUCUUCUCCUGCUUAAAUCGCAUUGAGGGCCGUCCGAAUAGUUUGGAGCGGCAAAAUCAGAUUACGGAUGGAGCACCUGUUCCUUUACCCACUCCAGCAGCGGUGAUUGCGGCUGCAACUUCUACAGUCGGGGCUCAGGGAGACAGUGGAGUAACACCCGUGCGAUUGACGGUUGCAUCCAGUGGCAGUGAUGAGAGUAAAAAUUCAUUUCAAAGCAACGCCAUAGCAGCAGAACCUACGCCCAGUGAAAAACCCAAAGAAGUCGAAACACAUAGACCACCGAUAAUGAUUUCAGCACAUGACGAUGAUGAUCCCUAUGCGCAUAGACCAGACCGUUAUCCGCUUUCGCAGGUGGAUUUUGAUAGGGUGAAAACGCCAUUUAUAAUUGGUAUCUGGAUACUUUCGGCGAGUGUAGCGAAAAUUGGUUUUCAUAUGACACCAAAAUUACACCUCAUUUUCCCCGAAUCAUGUUUGCUGAUCGUUGUUGGUGUCCUUAUUGGUUUCGUACUGUACUUUUGCACUGAUGUCGCCGUCUCGCCACUUACACCAAAUACAUUUUUCUUCUACAUGCUUCCGCCGAUUAUUCUGGACGCUGGCUACUUCAUGCCAAAUCGUUUAUUCUUCGAUAAUUUGGGCACAAUCCUGUUGAUGGCUGUGGUCGGCACUGUUUUCAAUACAGCAACCAUCGGUCUUUCACUUUGGGGUUGCGGAUUGACUGGUCUCUUUGGUCCUGAAGCACCACGUUUCUUAGACACUUUUCUCUUCGCCGCCUUAAUUUCUGCUGUGGAUCCUGUGGCUGUGUUGGCUGUUUUUGAAGAAAUCCACGUCAAUGAAGUACUGUACAUUGUAGUAUUUGGUGAAUCGCUCUUGAACGAUGCUGUGACGGUCGUUAUGUAUCAUAUGAUGGAAGUAUACAACGAAAUCGGCAUAUCGGAAAUAAUAGCUCAAGACAUUGCGAGUGGUGUAGGUUCAUUCUUUGUCGUUGCCAUUGGUGGUACUGUUAUUGGCAUCAUUUGGGGCUUCCUAACCGGUCUAGUGACCCGUUUCACUGAUCAUGUACGCGUCAUUGAACCGAUCUUCAUCUUUGUAAUGGCGUAUUUAGCGUAUCUGAAUGCGGAAAUAUUCCACAUGAGCGGCAUUCUAGCCAUUACCUUCUGCGGUAUAACAAUGAAAAACUAUGUCGAAGCGAAUAUCUCACAAAAAUCUCAUACCACAAUAAAAUAUGCACUGAAAAUGUUAUCCAGUUCAUCGGAGACAAUUAUAUUCAUGUUCCUCGGUGUGGCAACAGUCAAUAAUAAUCACGUGUGGAAUACUGCCUUUGUGCUGUUGACUAUCACUUUCUGUUCGGUGUAUCGUGUUUUUGGAGUUGUGAUAUUAUCUGCGUUGGCGAAUCGUUUCCGAUUGCACAAGUUGUCACGUGUCGAUCAAUUUGUUAUGUCGUAUGGCGGCUUGCGUGGUGCGGUCGCCUUUGCAUUGGUGCUGUUGGUCGAUGAGCGCAUCGUCAAACAGAAGGAUAUGUAUGUGACAACUACAAUAGCAGUGAUUUAUUUCACUGUCUUCCUACAAGGCAUAACGAUAAAACCGCUGGUGACGAUGUUGAAAGUGAAGCGGGCAAGCAAGAAAAAACCGACAAUGAACGAACGCAUACACGAGCGGUUCAUGGACCACUUAAUGGCUGGGAUUGAAGAUAUAAUCGGCAAGACUGGCAACUACAAUGUGCGUGAUAAGUUUAAGCGCUUCGACAACCGCUUCAUCAGGCCGCUAGUAAUCAGAGACUUAAAGGGCGCUGAACCGAAAAUUAUUGAAACCUAUUCAAAGCUUACAAUGCGUGAUGCCAUGGAAGUAAUGCGACGUAAUCCGUCGACUAUCGGGCAAAUAACGGCCACCGAAUCAAUGAGUGCUCUCUUCAGAAAUUACACCAGUAAUUGUAUUGGUGGAAGGUGGGCACCACCAACUAUUUACACGACAUGUCCAAGCCUUACAAAUCUGGACAAUAGUUGCUCACGAAACCUCGACAUGCAUGAAUUGGACUACAAUCCGUCGAAAAAAGAUCUUACAGAUGCAAAAAUACACCAUCUGCUGGCCGAGGAGUUGAAGCCAUAUAGAAGGGCUUCAAUGCAAAUGCACCGCCGCCUUAGUUAUAGCCGACACGCAGUAGAUGACAGAGAUUUGUCUACGCAGGUGAAUUACAAAAUGCAAAUGAACUUCCGACGAAUGUUCAAUGAUCGGAAACAUCACAAGCGCAGCAAACGCGGCACUAGUAAGCAACAAGAUGGUGUUAAACAAAAUCACGUCUCUUUCCAUGACUUCCAACAGAACGGCACAACGAAACAAUUUUCGCAUGGUACGAACAAAGCGAAACAUCAAUUUCGCAAAAUUCUAAUCAGAAAACAUAAUCACAAUUCACUUAACAAAUAUCGUAGAUUAGAAAUAGGAGAAGAAAAUCUGGGCAAACUAAACGAGGUGACGGUUGUGAGUGGCGACGAUUGGGAUGACGGCUUGACAUUUACAGCGAAAUCCUCACCGGACUCGGAUCUGGCCAAUAACAAUUCGCUUAUAGCGCACAUACAGAAUUUACCCGGUUUUGAUGCAUCGAAGGCGCGCAUCGUCCAACACUACUCCACACCGAAAAGUGAAAACGGCAGCCCUGAGAAAUUGUUAACGCCCGAUGUGGGCCCAACGGCAGCCGAAUCGAUAUUGCCUUGGCGGCGGGAUCGUUCCUACCAGUGCAUUGUUGCUGAGAAUCCCAUACUCGAGGAGGAUCACAAUAUAUCACGUGAUUCAGAUGGCGAACGCCGUGUGGCCACACCCACCGCCACUGAGUCGCAAUUACCUUGGAAGCGACAGGGUGAUGAGCUUACAGACGCAGUGCAACAAAAUGAAUUCCCCGCCUGGGCUUCGAAUAAGGAGUACCUGGCAUACAAUUCACCUAGUGCCACAUUUUUAGGUGGUAUUAAUAAACCUAAACAGCCCAAGUCUGUCAUAGGUUUAUUCCGGCGUGAGAGUUGCGGUUCGAGGGGUGGCAGCAGUUUAGGUGAUCCCGUGGAUGGCGCUGGUUCGGCACGUGGUUCCGAUCCUACACUAGCCAGUGCGUUAAUCAGCGGCCUGCCCCUGAUGCCGUUGAUACAGCCACCGCAUUCGAAUCCCCGCCUUGAUAAACGUUCGCAAUCAAUUUCGGUCGGCUCGUCUGGUGCCCAUAUCGGUAUGGGUAUAAAUAUGGGCGAUAUAGCGCAUGCGGGACCCUUUCCAGUCACGGCUAGCCAUCGGCGUAAUGUGCGGCGCGGCUCGAUGUUGGAGUUAAGUGGAGACACUAUCCCCGAGGAGACUUAUCAGCACGGCCAUUCCAAGUCCCUGUGCGAGCCGACGGGCGAUGAUUGGGACAGCGCCGCUUUGACCACUCGAGAGCGCACCAUCAGCGGUAGCAGCAAUAGCACCGGACGUGAACCACUCCUACCGAAAUUAACGCCACGUGCACAAAUUCGCCGAAUGGGCAGCUGUAGCGCUGGUGGAGGUGGCGGCAGUGGUCUAGUGGGUAUAACGGGUAUUAGCGGUCUGCGCAAUCAAGUGACCACCGCACUACUCUCCACAUCGAACUCGGAAUAUGAUGACGACGAAGAUGAAGAUAUUGAUUUGUAUGACGAUGAGAGUAUUGUUGUGACAACCUUGACCAGCGGCAGCGUUGGUGGUGGUGGUGGUCGAAAUCGUAGUGGUAGCAGUGGAAGUGGCGGCGCAAAUGGUAGUAGUGGCACCAGUGGCAGCAGCAACAAUACAACAACCACCAUACGGCUGACACGCAACAAUGAUGAGAGCAUCAUUUGAGAUAGUAGACGCGCGCAACUAUAACAGCGACUUCUUGCCAGCGGCGGCAGCAGCACUCAGCAGCGGCGUAUAAGCCGUUGGGCGUACAAAUAUGAAAUGUUACAGUAAAUAGUGAGAGAAGAGGAGAGUGUAAGAGUAACGAUUCGUGCGGUAAAUGCCCAAUGAAAUGAAUUACAUGCCAAUAAAUACCGCUAAUCAAGGCAUAAUUUCGUAUGUGGGCUCUGUGUAGUAAUAAGUAUUGAAGGAAGAAGGGUUUAGUUAAAUAAAAAGGGCUAUCAAUAGUUUGUUGCGCCGUCAAGCCAGGACAACGAUUAGUUGUAUGCGUAAGUAGAUUCGUUCAGUUAUGAAACUUUUUUGCUAAUACGUUUUUGUUAAGUAGUUUUUAAUUAGUGAUACACUCGUGUGUAUGUUGAUGUGUACAUACAUACAUAUGUAGGUAUAUAAUGAUUUGAUUAUCUGAAGGCUUGGCAAGCCGCAGGGUGGAAAAUGUGCACAAUGUUGCUGUUAGUGUAAGAGCAUAAAAUGUGUGCUAAAAUUUUUGGGGUAUGCUGAUGAAGUAACGGUACGCGGUCGCAUAUGAACUGCCGUGCGAAUACAAAAAACAUUUGCAAACGCUGCUUUUACAAAAUUGCAAAUUGUAAAAAAAUCUGCGAGUUAUGCUUACGAGUUAGUUCCGUUUUACACAUUCGAGGGAGUGGCAUCAAGAAAAUACAUCUUUUUGCCAUCAUAGAACAUACCUAUUUGUCUAUGGAGUAGGUUCUGUAAUUCACUUCCGCGUGAAUUUUAAUACGUUUGCCCAAAAAUUUCAAUUAAAUGCAUUCGAAAGUAAGUUACAAAACCUGCUCGUUAAAGUACUUAAGUUGCACCAAACAAAGAAAGUUUUUUAUUUCUUAAUGUUAAUCUUUUGAUUUGUUCUAUGGCCAAAAAAAUUAGGCACCUUUUGGUUUUUGUAAUAUAUUUUUAUUUAAUAUUUAGCCGUGCGUAAUAUUUAAAAAAUGACACCCAAAGCUUUAUUAAAACAA